UCAAGAAAUCAGAAUCCCUGAAUGUCAAAUGCUGACGAAAUACUGCUAGGGGGAAUUGGAUUUUGAAGCACAGGAUUCUUCCCAGGUUGACAAGAAUGGAAGAGAGUAGCGAAAUUGAGGAAAGAGAAAUCCAAGUUAGGAGCUUGACAGGUGAAUCGAUCAGUCUAUCCGUGAAACCAAACAAGACCAUUCAAGAACUCAAGCAACUUCUCAAGCAAAGUUUCCCUCCUGCUUCUAGUUCUCCCAAUUUCCAUCUCUUCCUCAAGGCCAAAAAAUUGAGCUUGCAUAGUCAGAUUGGUAGUUUUUCAAUUGCUUCUGGGGAAUUCUUUGUUCUGGUUCCAUUUGCUAAAAAGGAUAGGCAGCAAGCCCAGAACCUCGAUGAAUCUGCAGGGUCCUCAACAGUCCAAACUGAGAGCUUGGCAUCAAAGUUAGCUGAGUCAGCAUAUUCUGACUUAAUGCAAGACCUAUCUUCUUUGCAGAAUGGAUCCAAUCACAAAAAUCAUCCAAAUGCUGAGGUGGAACCAGAACAUAUGAAUGAAGAAACUUGGAACACAUCUGAUGCCCAUUCACUACCAGUCAAACGCAAGAGGAGGUCCAUUAAUGACGAGAGCCUGGGACCUUCACGUGACAUUGUACUGGAUUUAUUGCAAUCAUCCCGUACUAACAUACUUGAUGAAGAAAAAUGCAAAAUGUUUAUACAGAUUUUGGAGUCUGUAAAUUGCUUAAGUGAUCCAGCCACAGCAAAAUGCAUAGCAAAGAGAGGAAAUGCCAGGGACCACGAAAUGGAUCCCUGUGUAAAUGGGGCUUCUUUGUGUAUGUGUCCAUCAUGGUUGAAGAACAUUAUGAAAGCUUUUGCUCUCUUGAACACCUAUUCAGCUUUUCUUCAACUGUGGCAUAUAGGAAUUACCUUAACUGGUCUGACUAAAGCACUGGACCACCUUAAGAAAUUUGGAAGUCAAAUUGGUAUCGCAGACAUUGAACAUCUUUCUUUGCUUUUCCCCAAGGUUAUAAAAAUUGUUGAUGAAGAAAUAGAGGGUGCAAAAGCACGGAAUUCUCUGUUAAUCCUGAAUGGUUCUGGAGAUCAACAUGAAAGUGAACUGCCUACUGAAUCAGCUAUAAAGCGUGCGCCUAUAUUCAAGAUCCUUAAUGCAAUGAAGAAAAGGGAAGAUUCUUUCACAGAUCUUCUGUCAAGGGCUGUCAAGUCAUUAUUGCUGAAGAAAGAAAAUGAUAAGAUUAAGUUCUUUUCCUUGGAAGAGCUUCUUAUUUCUGCGAGGGAAUGUGAUACUACAGCAAUUGGAAAGGAAGAAAAAAGAGCAGGUCGAAGCAGCUCCAGAAGUUUAAGUUCUCCAUCAUUUGAACCUCGGUGCCGUGGGAUGAAUCCACUGCUUCCCGUGGAAAUGGUGGAGCAUUUGAAGCAUGGCCUUGGAUCUCAUGGGCAGAUUGUUCACAUCGAAGAAAUCCAAGCUCGGCAUGCAAAUUAUGUGGAAAUUCCCAGUCUACUUUCAGAAAGCACAACUUUUGCACUCAGACGAAUUGGAAUUAGUAGAUUGUACAGCCAUCAGGCUGAGUCAAUUCGGGCUUCUCUUGGUGGGGAGCAUGUAGUUGUUGCAACCAUGACAUCCAGUGGAAAAUCUCUUUGCUACAAUGUACCAGUUCUGGAAGUAUUGUCACACAAUUUGUUGGCGUGUGCAUUAUAUGUAUUUCCCACCAAGGCUUUAGCUCAAGAUCAGCUAAGAACACUAUUUGUUAUGACAGAAGGGUUUCAUGAGAGCUUAAAUAUUGGAAUAUAUGAUGGAGAUACUUCUCAGCAGGAUAGAAUGUGGCUUCGCGAUAAUGCUAGAAUGCUGAUUACAAAUCCAGAUAUGUUACAUGUAUCAAUAUUGCCAUCCCAUGGACACUUCAGGAGGAUAUUGUCAAAUCUUAGGUUUGUUGUUGUUGAUGAAGCUCAUUAUUAUAAGGGUGCGUUUGGAUGUCAUACUGCCCUUAUAUUAAGACGACUUCGCCGAAUCUGUACUCAUGUCUAUGGCAGUGACCCUUCCUUUGUAUUUUCUACUGCAACUUCUGCAAACCCCAAGGAACAUGCUAUGGAACUUGCAAAUCUACCAGCAGCAAAGUUGGUUCAGAAUGAUGGUAGCCCUUCCAGUCUGAAGCUUUUUCUGCUCUGGAAUCCACCUUUGUGCAUGAGAACUGUUGGGAAAAAAAUGACCACCAACACGAAGGCAAACUUAUCGAGUAGUAAGGAUGUGGCUGCCAGACGGUCAAGCCCAAUUUUCGAGCUUUCUCUACUCUUUGCAGAAAUGAUGCAGCAUGGGCUUCGCUGUAUUGCAUUCUGUAAAUCACGCAAACUUUGUGAACUUGUUCUAUAUUACACGCGUGAGAUUCUUCAGGAAGCAGCAUCCCACUUAGUUGACUGUAUUUGUGCUUAUCGAGGUGGCUAUGUAGCUGAGGAUAGGAGACGAAUUGAGAGGGACUUUUUCAGUGGUCGUAUUUGUGGUAUUGCAGCCACAAAUGCUCUUGAGUUGGGCAUUGAUGUUGGACAUAUUGAUGUAACCCUGCACCUAGGCUUUCCUGGUAGUAUGGCUAGUCUUUGGCAACAAGCUGGAAGGUCAGGGAGGCGGGAAAAGCCAUCAGUUGCUGUCUAUGUUGCAUUUGAUGGGCCUCUCGAUCAGUACUUCAUGAAAUUUCCACAAAAACUUUUCAGAAGUCCAAUUGAGUGCUGUCACAUUGAUGCUAAAAACCAGCAGGUACUUGAGCAGCACUUAGUGUGUGCUGCUGUAGAGCAUCCACUGAGUUUGACAUACGAUGAAAAUUAUUUUGGCCCUGGCUUGGAGAGUGCUGUAAUGAGGCUUAAAAACCAAGGGUUGCUAACCAGUGAUCCAUCACGAGAUCCUUCUGCUAGAAUAUGGAACUACAUUGGACAUGCGAAAGCGCCUUCAAUUUCUGUUAGCAUCCGAGCAAUAGAAACUGAGAGAUACAAAGUCAUUGACAAGCAAAAAAAUGAAGUUCUUGAGGAAAUUGAAGAAAGCAGGGCAUUUUUCCAGGUGUAUGAAGGUGCUGUUUAUAUGAACCAGGGCAAGAGCUAUCUAGUAAAACAUCUGGAUUUGUCAAGUAAAAUUGCUUGGUGCCAGCAAGCAGACUUGGAGUAUUACACAAAAACUCGUGAUUACACAGACAUUCAUGUCAUUGGUGGUCAAAUUGCUUACCUUGCAAGAAUUAUUUCUAGGCCAUUUCCGAGAACAACUGCUCAAGCUACUGCAUGCGAAGUGACAACAACUUGGUUUGGUUUCCGUCGUAUAUGGAGAAGAAGCAACCGGGUUUUUGAUACUGUUGAUCUAUCACUUCCUGAUUACUCAUAUCAUUCACAGGCUGUUUGGAUUCGAGUUCCAGAAUCCGUAAAGUUAGCUGUGGAGAGUUUAAAUUAUUCAUUUCGUGGAGGUUUACAUGCUGCUAGUCAUGCUGUUCUCAAUGUGGUUCCAUUGUACAUAAUAUGCAAUUCUUCUGACUUGGCUUCGGAGUGUGUUAACCCUCAUGAUGCUCGCUAUACUCCUGAAAGAAUUCUACUUUAUGAUCCACGUCCUGGAGGGACGGGCAUUUCAGUACAGGUUCAACCUCUCUUUACUGAGCUGUUAGCUGCAGCAUUAGAACUUCUUACAUCGUGCUCGUGCUUCGGUGAUGCUGGAUGCCCUAGUUGUGUGCAAAAUCUUGCUUGUAGCGAGUAUAACGAGGUUCUACACAAGGAUGCUGCCAUCAUGAUCAUCAAGGCUGUUCUGGAUUUGGAAAAGUCCUACUUUCCUGAAGUUCCAGAAUGAUCCAACUCCUCUGACCAGGGGCUCACCAAUUUUUGUUAGAUUAUGUAGUAAUUUAUAUCAUAGAGCAAGGAACUUUCCUGGUUCAAGAGUGUAGAUGAAUGUAACACAUAUCCACUUUAGAUUAAACCAGCUGCAUUUUUUUUUUUACUUUAUUAAGGGCAGGACAGGAACUUUAUUUGUUUAUUUAUUUUUUGAAGGAAGGCAGGACAGGAACUCAAUCAAAUGUAUGCAACUGAAGAAACAACCCUAAGUUGUCAAGGAUCAUGUUAAAAUGUACCAAUUUCUUCGACAUUGGUUAA